GACGCGGACGUGCGUGCACUUCGCGGCGAGCUCAGUAAGGCGGAGGCGGCGCUCAAGCGCAGCAAGUCAAAGGACUACUUCAAAAUCCUUGUAUGGCAUCUGACAGAGUGCACUGAGCACGAAGUCAAAAAGGCGUACCGGAGAGAAAUUUUAAAGCAUUAUCCACACAAGAAGUUCAAACUCAUAGUCGAGGCACACUCUGUCCUGUACGACCCAGCGCGGAGAGAACAAUACGACAUGGACGAGGAUGAGGACGGCAUGGGGCCAGGCAUGGGUGGUAUGGGCGUCAUGAGCCCGAUGGACCUCUCCGAACUCUUCGUGUAA